AGAAGAGGAUAAAUACAGGAGGGCGAGCCGAGCACCGACACACACAGACAGACACGAGAAGAAGAAGAAGAAGAGAUCACACAGAGGAGAAGAAGAAAAAGAAGAAGAGAUAACACAGAGGAGAAGAAGAAGUAGCUGAAGAAGAGAAAGUGAAGAUUUGUAGAAUAUUCCUGCAGGAUCUCAAAUCCUUUUUGCGGUGUUUAAUCGUUUUUGAAAGGUGUUGCUGGCGAUGGAGAGCGUGCGCGCCGCCGUCUACCUAUCCGUCUGUCUGUCCGUGCUGACUACGUCACUCUGUCAGGGUCAGAGGUCGGCCGACAACCCGCUGCCGGCCGCACCGGACGAGCCCGUCCUCCGGCUGGCUGAAGCUCUGCAGGGUUUCCUGGAUGAAGCCGACAGCAGCGCCGGUCUCUCCGUGGAGAAGAAAGCCAGCGUCAUCCCCCGGUGUGAUGUGGGCGAGCGCUGUGCGAUGAAACACGGACCUCGUAUCGGCCGACUGUGCGACUGUCUGCGAGGAGCGGCCUGCAACACCUUCUUCCUGCGCUGCUACUGAACGCACACACACACACACACACACACACACACACACACACACACACACACACACACACACACACACACACACACACACACACACACACACACACACACAAACACCUUGGUGUUCUGUCCUUGUGAAGACAUCAGCUUUAGGUCCUGAUUAAAACCUACCCAUGAAAACACUUCACUCUCUGAAGAACUAAUGUCCUCACAAAGAUAGAAGUACAGGAGACGCACGCGACGCGACGCGACGCAC